AGGUGCUACGAGUACAGAAGCGGCGCGCAAGCUUCUCCGUGUGGGAUCGUCGGUAGACCGUGUCGGGAAGAUUAUGCAUACGUAUGUUUACUGCUCCACGGCUCGAGCACACCAUCCCCGCGUCUGCCAUAACAUUAGGUGCUGCUGCAGAUGCAUAUGCAUCGCAGCGCUUUGGGAGCGAACUCUGCAAUUACCCGUCGCCAUUGAAAGAGAAGACGGAUCGUGUACUGUCAUCCUUGGCUUAUUCGUUCUAUGCUGAACGGGACGCGUCACGCCCGCAGCUUUGCAUCUCCCCGCGCAGGACGGACAUGAUCCUCGGGAUCACGACUCACUUCCUGGUCACCGCCUGUGGGUACCUCUCCCGACCUAGGAUCCCAGGGAGUGGUACUACGCCAAAUUAUCUGUCGACCGUCACUUUCAACUACGUGCGCCCUGGAAGUCAGCCCGUCGACCUCCUGGGAACGCUUUUCCACGGUUGAACUUUUCACGUGAUCCGUUCGCCUCGGGCACGUGCGGGCUCGGGCUGCUGCUUCACUCCACGUCGAGGCGUCGCCCAUGUCGGCAGCGCAG